AUGAGAACUCAAGCAUGUGAGCCCUGUGCGAAACGAAAAGUCCGCUGCGAUAGAUCAGAACCGCCCUGUUCGAAUUGUAAGCGUCGCAAAAAUGAUACUUGCACGUAUCCGGAUGUUUCGCCAUUUGAUCGCAUCAAGAAACUUGAAGAGAUUGUGAGGUCUUUGGGCGGAGAUCCAGAAAAUGGUGAAAGGCCGGGUGUGACGCCUUUGUCUGAGGGCAGUCGUGCUCAGACGCCGGUUAUUGUACAGCAGGAUGGGAAGGGAGUGUAUCAGGAAUCGGAGGGUUGGCAGACGUGGAUAGACGUCUCACGACUUUACAAGGGACCGAAACCACAGUUCAGUUCCAAUGAUCCUAGAGGCACAGCUUUAUCACCAGCUAAAUUCCUCCCUCAUGCAUUCAACGGCUCACCAUGGCGCGAUAAUUCCGUUACCUCAGAAACGCUACCUCUACAAAUGCCUGCCUUAGAAGCUGUCAAACUUUGGGACACAUUUAUGGAGCGUGUCGAGCCUAUUGUCAAGAUAAACUUCAAAUGGACCCUGGCUCACCUGAAAGCUGCAGUAUCGAAUGAAGAAAAGUGGAAUGCUCUUGACGAUGGCGAGCGAGUGUUGAUCUUGUCAACGAGAUUAUUUGCGGCCAUGACUUUGACGAAUAAGGAAUGUCUGAGGCGGUUUGGUAGAGCGAGGGCUCUCUUGAUGGAUGAGUGUCGUAUGAGAUGUGAUAUCGCCUUCUCGAGGAUGAAUCUCUUGGCCGUUGACAGUAUCGCAACGCUAAAGGCGUUCUGUUUCUACAUAAAAGCAAACAUCGACGUCUUAUCACCCCGCAGUCUCUCCAGCCUAAUCGCACUAAUAUCGCGCAGCGCCGAACAGCUCGGCAUCCACCGCGACGGCACAGUCCUGGGCCUUUCGCCCAUCGAAACAGAAGAACGUCGAAGACUCUGGUGGCAGCUUCAACAUCUCGAACUUAUUUUGUCUCUUAAGAACGGCGUAACGCCCUUGUCUUUCGGUACAGCCUGGGACGUUAGACUUCCACUCAACAUCGAAGACGAAGAUCUUGAUCCGAGUUCAAAGGUUGCGCCUAAAGAACGGACUGGUCUUACGAGCUUUGCGUAUACUUGUUUCACGUAUUUUAUCAUGGAGAAACAGCGCGGUUUUCGACGUUUUGCCCAGGCGAAGCAGAUAGCUGCGGGUGAAGGGUCGUUGCUUGGAUGUUUGAGUCCUGCAAUGGUUGAUGGGAUGGAAAGCAGUUUGAACGAACAUUUUCUUCAGUAUUGUGAUCCUACCAAUCCUCUGCAUACAUUGCUGCAGAUCUCAGCACGGGCAAUCGUAAAUAUACUACGGUUACGGAAAUCCCACGACGCGAAGCUGCAGUCUCCUCGGGGGGACGAUCAGGCCAAUAUUGACCAUUUCAACACGUGUAUGCAGGCUAUGAGGUAUCAAGUUGUGUCAUAUGCGAAUCCUCUGCUUCAUAAGUUUCGUUGGCUUGCAGAGGCUUCGUUUGUCUGGUAUGCUCUCAUUGGCAUCUUGGUAGAUAUGUCAAGCCUAACAGACGUUACUAUGAUCCAAUCAGCAUGGUCCUUACUCAGCGAUCUAUACGCGGUCGCAGAUCAAUUGACAGAAAUGUCAGAAGACCGAAGAACUUCGCAUGCAGCCAAGUCGGUGAUCGCAACUUGGUAUGAGUGUCGACAGAAGCCUGGCUUGACUGACAUGGAGAAGCCGGAGUUUGUGUCACAACUGGAGGAGAUCUUGACCGAGACGGAAGGAAUCAUCAUUGAGGAUACGAAUGAUAAAGAUGCGCCGAUGAGUUCGUUGCUCGACUUUGGACAAGGAAGGAUUGGAGAAGAUGACUUGCAACCUUUUGGAUUUGAGUUUGCGGAUAUUGACUGGGCGUUUUGGGAUAGUAUCAGUUGA